AUAGAAUUAAGGAGAGCGAUAGCUCUGAACCUAAAGCUCGUUUUGAGCAUGACAUUGUACUGAUUAGGCAGCUGCUUAAUCAACACAUACCUCAAAAUAUGACUGGGAUCACCUUGCUAAAGGUGUAUAGACUAGGGAGUCUAACGGACUCGAAACCAAAUCAUUCCAGACUGCUUAAAGUAGUAUUCGGCUCUUCAAACGAACGUGACCUAAUUUUACAAAAUGGACACAAAUUAAAGGGUUCAGGAGUCUUUAUCCGAAAGGACCUACCGUUGGCAGACCGUGUUAAAAGACGGGAAGCCGAGAAAGAACUACAACAUAGGUUAGACGCUGGCGAAAAGGACCUGAAAAUUGUAAAUUUUCGGGUUGUAAGACUUCGACAGAGAAUGAUACCGAAGCCACUCUAGGUGAAGCACGAAGGCACUUAAACAGGCUUCGGAUCUGUUACACCAAUGCACGAAGCUUACUUAAUAAGCGAUCGGAACUAGGUGUACAGAUUGACUCGAUAAAGCCAGAUAUAAUCGCAGUAACAGAAACCUGGCUGACACAGGCUAUAGAUAGUAUAGAACUUGAUUUCGAGGGCUUCACGUUAGUAAGGGCCGACAGAACACAAAAGCGCAAAGGAGGGGGAGUAGCCCUAUUCAUUAGGAAUGCUAUCCCAUUUACCAUUAACGAUAGUGUAUCCCAUGAGAGUGGGACGUGUGAAUUAGUUAGUCUUCGCUUAAAAUGCAAGGGACAAGAGCUGCUGAUUGGUUUGGUCUAUCGCAGUCCAAGCUGUGAGGCAAAUGAGAUCCUGUUAAGCAGUCUCAAUACUUGGUCCCAAAGUGGUCGAUGUCUAAUCCUAGGGGACUUUAAUGCACCUAUGGUAGACUGGGAAAAUCUGCGAACUAAAUCGUCGGAGAAUUCUUUCGAGCAGGAACAAGUUGAUGGGGUUAUCACAUGUGCUCUAGUGCAACAUGUGAAAGAAGCGACAAGGUACGAUCCGGACACUGAAUCAUCCUUAUUAGAUCUUAUACUGACUCACUAUGAGGAUGAUGUUGCGAACCUCCACCAUAUGCCACCCUUAGGUAAAAGUGACCACGCAGUUUUAACUUUUGACUUCCAUAUAACUGCCAGUCAUGAGGACGCGUCAGUCCAGUCCAGACCCAACGUCUGGAAAGCAAACAUACCAGACAUCAUGCACUCAGCAUCGUUAAUAGAUUGGACAAUAGACCCAGAGUCCUCCAUUGAAACGGCCUGGGACGCAUUUCGAAAAUCAUACUUAAAAGUUACCACACCUCACAUCCCUUGGACUAUACCAAAGGGGCCGAAAAACUCACCACCAUGGUUCAGUAGGGAGGUCCGUAUCCUUCUCCGUAAGAGAAGGAAAACGUGGGAUAGAUUUAGGUUACUGGGGACUGAUGAGUCAAAAUCUCAGUAUCGAAAGGCUCGGAACACUUGUGCCUCGACCCUCCGUAAGUCUAGAAAAUUGUACGAAGAAAAACUUGUUAAGGAAUCCAUAGAAUGUCCUAAACGCUUGUAUUCCUAUAUAAACCAAAGGACAAGGAGAAAAGGAAAUAUUCCUGCUCUAUGGGGAGACAGUACUGCUUCAUCAUUAGUGGAGGACGACUUUGGUAAGGCUCAAGCGUUCUCGAACUACUUUAGCAACGUGUAUACCAUAGAAGCGCCCUUCUCGUCAGCGUAUACAGAUCCCCCAAUACAUACACUGGAUAGCGUGACCAUUAAAGAACUCGAUGUCUUUGGUCUGCUAAAUAAGCUUGACAUAGGUAAAUCCACGGGGCCCGAUGAAUUACAUCCUAGGCUACUGAAGGAAUUAUCUAACUUCGUUGCGAACUCUUUAAGUACAUGCUUUAACCUAUCCGUUACGCAGGGUCGCUUACCGAAAGAUUGGAAAAACGCCAUAGUAAGUCCUGUCUUCAAAACAGGCACGAAACACAAACCUGAGAACUACCGCCCCGUUAGCCUAACUAGUGUGGUUGUUAAAAUCUUAGAAAAGAUUAUUCGGAAGGAGCUGUUUAAGUAUCUCGAUAAAAACCGGAUCCUCUCGGAGAAGCAGCAUGGCUUCAGAAUAGGUUAUUCUUGUCUCACUAACUUAUUAGUGGCUCGUAAAAGCUGGUGUGCUCUUAAGGACCAAAAGCUACCUGUAGACGUCGCCUUCAUUGAUUUCAGUAAAGCUUUUGAUAAAGUUCCGCACAACCGGCUGUUAUAUAAGUUAAGACAUGUCGGGAUUGGAGGUAAUUUAUUGAUGUGGAUAAAAGACUUCUUAGUUGGGCGUCAACAAAGAGUAAGGGUGAACUCCAAGUUGUCUAGCUGGGAAACCGUGCUUAGUGGAGUCCCCCAGGGUACAGUUUUGGGGCCAGUGCUAUUCCUCUUGUAUGUAAAUGACCUUCCUUGUCUCCUAUCAUCAUCGGUCUUGCUAUAUGCUGACGAUGUCAAGAUAUGGAGAACGAUACGAUGUAAGAGUGAUAGCUUAGAACUUCAAAAUGACCUGAAGAAGUUAUCUGAAUGGUCUCAAACAUGGCAGUUGCCGAUAAAUACUUCCAAGUGUGUUGUGAUGCAUAUCGGUCAUCAAGGCACAGAUACAUACACGAUGAAUAACACUGAGCUACCUGUCGUCCAGACAUAUAAUGACUUAGGAGUUAUCGUUAGUCAAGACUUAAAGACUACUGCACACUGCCGUGCAAUAGCCGCCAAAAGUUUUAGAACGUUAUGGUCAAUACGUAGGGCUUUUAGUCAUGUCGACGCUAAGACGUUUUUGACUUUGUAUACAGUGUUCGUUCGCCCUAAACUUGAGUACUGCAUACAAGCGGCUAGCCCCUGCUUUAAAAAAGACAGUGAGCUUCUGGAAAAGGUUCAGAGAACGGCGACUAAGCUGGUUCCCGGAAUAGCGAAGCUUCCGUAUGAAUCUCGACUGGCCAAGCUGAACCUUUUCCCGUUGUCAUAUCGCAGAACUAGAGGUGACUUGAUUACAGUCUACAAAUUGCUUAGUGAUUAAUUUGCACCUAACAUGCCCUCAUUUUUCUUGUCUUCCAAAACAGAGAAUUUACGAAGACACUCCAAAAAAGUUCAUAAGCCGAGAACAAAUUACUUGUCAGCUGACUAUCGACUUUCCCAUCGAAUCAUCAACGAGUGGAAUUCACUACCUCAGCACGUGGUUGAGGCUCCAUCCGUCGACUCUUUCAAAAGAAAGUUGGAUCAACUGAGAGACCACUAUUGCCAGGACUAACAUAGGCCAUCGAGCCUCCUGUCCUUCCCAAACUGAAACUGAAAUGAGCGCGAAGUCGAACGGUUCUGUAUUACUUGUUGGAGCUGGUGGCAUCGGGUGUGAGCUGUUGAAGAAUUUAGUUUAUAAUGGAUUCAAUGACAUAACAAUUGUAGACCUUGAUACCAUCGAUGUAAGCAACUUAAACAGACAAUUCCUGUUCAGUAAGAAGCAUGUUGGGCGUUCAAAAGCAGAAACUGCCAGGGACAAUGUUUUGGAAUUUAAACCAACCGCUCAUAUUGUUGCUUAUCACAAAAGUAUAUUCAGCUCGUCAUUCGACUCUGAAUUCUUCGGAAAGUUUGCUGUUGUUUUUAACGCUUUAGAUAAUCUUGCUGCAAGAAAACAUGUGAAUCGUAUGUGUAUAUCGGCAAAGAUUCCCUUAAUUGAGUCCGGCACAGCUGGUUACUUGGGACAAGUCGAGCCGUUAAUUCCCGUAGUUGAAACGAGUGAAUCGGAGGCCACCAACACAGAAGCGAAUCAAGCGACAACCUAUCGUACAGGAUGUUAUGAAUGUCAACCUCGUGGAUUAGGUCAGCGUCACUAUCCAGCCUGCACCAUACGUAACACUCCAUCUGAGCCAAUUCAUUGUGUUGUUUGGGCAAAGUAUUUAUUCAAUCAGUUAUUUGGUCAACCUGAUGUGGAUGAUGAAGAUAUCUCUCCGGAUUUCACUGAUCCAAGUCUCCAUAACCAUGAUCGUAAUCAGAUUAAUGAUGAGUUGUUGCCGGCUAAAAACGAUCUUAUUAAUAAAUCUGAUGAUGUGUUAAAUACAGAUGGUACAGCGAUUGGAAAUUCAGUUAAACCUAAUCAAAUUAGUUUAAGAGAAUGGUUUCACAUUCUGUGGUCUAGUAAUGAAAAUGACCAGUCUAAUUUAGAAAAUGGUAAAAUUUCAUCUGGUGCCAUUUCACUAUCUUGGAGAUUAUUUCAUCAUGAUAUUGUCACAUUGGUUAGUAUGCGUGAUUUAUGGGUCGACCGUCAAGAUCGUCGAGAACCGAGUCCUUUGGAAAAGACUACAAUGAAAGAUGCAUUAGGAAAAUAUUCAGAUGAAUUAUUGGAUUCAACAUGUGUCAGUGAAUUACGUGAUCAGCGGAAACUAUCUACAUCGGGUUGGCUUCGUAUAUUCUUAAAAUCAGUUGAUAAACUACAGAAACAAGUAGAAGAUGGUGGAGGUGACAAAUACUUAGUAUGGGAUAAGGAUGACCCGGAAGCUAUGGAUUUUGUCGCUUCAGCAUCAAUUAUUCGAUCACAGUUAUUUCAUUUACCCGGUGCUGAUCAGUUAACCAGAUUUAUUAUAAAAUCUUUAGCUGGGAAUAUCAUACCGGCUGUAGCAUCAACAAAUGCCAUCGUCGCUGGUCUUAUGGUACUACAAGCUAGACAUAUUUUAUCUAAAAAGUUUGAGCGUAUUCGUUCUGUCUACAUACAUCGUCGAGCAACUGGUCGACGUGGCAAUCGUCGUCUUGUAGUCCCUGUUGAACCAGCACUACCGAAUCCAUCUUGUUUAGUAUGUAGUGAUUCUGUUAGAAAUUCUCAACUGCAUUUACUCUGUGCACCGGAAUUAUUAACAUUGCGUAUUCUACGUGAUCGUAUCUUGGUGCGACAUUUAGGUAUGCUUGCUCCAGAUGUCGAGGUACCUGAUCGUGGCAUUAUACUAAUAUCAAGUGAAGAAGAUGAAACAGAUGAAGAGACGUUAAAUAAAACAUUAGCUGACUUUAAAUUAACACAUGGAACUUGUUUACAAUGUGAUGAUUUUCGUCAAGAUUUUACCAUUCAACUUAUUUUAUCAUGUAUUAGUGUAGAAUUAGCUAAUGCAUUACCUACUGCAUCUGAUUCAUCAAGAUCAACGUCAACAUUAAACUUUAAUAUCGAUAGUCGUUUAACAGAGCAAUUUAAUAAUGAAGAACAACAAUCUGAAAUAUGGAGAAUUGUAGGUGAUAUCAAUUCCAUUUUAUCAAAUUCAAAAGAUAAUACAGUAUCAGAAAAGAAUGCUGAAAUAGAGAACAAUGAAAAUACAGAUAAAUUUGUUCACAACAAUAAUGAUGAUACAGAGGAUGAUUUAAUUGAAAUUACUGAAGAAUCUAUGACUACUUUAGAUCAAGAUUUGGAAAAUGGUGUUAAUAAUAAUAAUACUAGUAUUAAUAGUAAUAGUAAUAAACGUAAAUUUCUCGAUACAAUCACUUGUGAUGAUCAAGACAAUAUGAAUAGAAUCAAAGAGAAGAAAUUACGAUUUGAUAAAGAAUUGACAACAUUAUCAUCACCUAUUAUUGUACCAGUUGCUGACGACGAUGAUGGUGAUGAUGAUGAUUUAAUCAUUAUUGAAUGAAUAAAUGAUUGAGAUUUAUCUAUAUUAUAAUAGUUAUGUGGUUAUAUGCUUAUAUAUAUCAUGGAUCUUUGUAUGUAUUUGUGUGAGUAUAUGUAUUGUUACUUCAUAUUCUGUUCUGUAAAAGGUAACCAUUUUGUUAAAGGUUACAUGGUUUCUGUUUUGUUUGUUUCAUUCCCCCCUCUCUCUCAAGAUGUUGCAUUUGCAUUUCAUCUUUUCUACGGAAAAAUAAACACAUACUAGAUUGAUCAUCCCUUUCUCCCCUGUAUGUGUGUGUAUGUCUAAGUUGUUCAUUAAAUAACCUAUUAACUAACCAGUCAUCAAUUUUAUUUUGUUAUAAACUAUUAUUUAAUAUUAUUCUAAAUAUGUUUGUACUUUUGUACCAUUCAAUAUACAUGGAUAAUACAAACAGUCUACAAUGAC